UUUUGAGGCCACAUGAUUCUUGAGCGUCUCUCAAGGUUAAUGUCCUGAUCAACUCAAGCUUAAAACCAGUUUGUUUAUUUUGGUCUUAACAGUUCGGUAAUGAAGAUUCACGUCAGGUGACCUUAUUUUCAUUUCAGUUCAUAUUUGUGUAUGACUGGAAUAUGAUUUUAUGUCAACUAUGACAAACGCCAAAGGUAAAUCUUCACAGAUUAGCAAUUAUGGUAAAAAGAUACAUCCUGAGCGUGAGGUUAAAACAGUGUUACAACAACCCAAACGAGUCUUCAUCUCAUCAUUAAUAAUAAUCUUUAUUGCCAUUGUUUUAAACACAAUUGGGGCUCAUUUUAAUGCCCAAAAUCAUUUUCUAAAAAAUGUGAUCAACAAUCAAACAAGUGAAUUACCAAUCACUCUAGAUGAAGUUGACAGCUCAAGUAAAAAUGGUUACUCAUUUUUGGUUAACAAUGGAGAUAACAACACAGAUUCAUUACCAUUACAAGAAGAAGGAAACAGUCAUCAAGUGAACUUUGAAUCACAAAAGGAUAAAAGUGAUGUCAAUGCCGCCGAAGAAAAAGUGAUCUACAGUUUUCUUGCUACAACGGAGCAAGACAUUGAUCAACUAAGCAUUUAUGAGCAACCAUGUUCCCCUACUGGUUAUCGCUACGAGUCUUCAAUCGGUUCAGCACCAGAAACAUGUGGAAUCACUUUUACCGAUCACCUUCUAGAUCAGGACCAAGUCAAUAAACUCAGAACAAUGGCUGCUAAGUACAUUGAACUAUUCGGUGAAACAACAACGACCAAUCGUGAAUCAUUGAAUCUCCAAUGGAUUAAUUUACAUACUUUGUUUCGUAAGGCUCCUAAAAAAAGCUUGUUAUCUGAUGAUGAAUACGAGCUAUUGAUAAAUGCAUCAGUUGCAGCAAAAAGUGUGACUUCAAUGGCUUUUGGAAUUCCCGAGGAUCGUUUAUUUUUCACGACAGUCUGCCAGUUUACAAGAUAUGAACCUGUAGCAGCAUUUUCAGAGUUCCGUCAUAUUGAUAAAGUACGAUCUCCUGAGUUGAUUGUCACCUCAAUUUUAUGGCUAUCAACAGUUGAUGUUGACUUUGAAGGUGGACGAUUAGAGUUUCUCAAUGGACCUGGAGAUGAGAAAUUCAAUCCAUAUCUGAUUGAACCCAAAAAGGGAAGAUAUGCGGCCUGGACCUCGUCUCAUGAAAAUCCUCAUGGUGUACACGAACUGUAUAACGGAGAGAGAUUAGCACUUAUCUUUGCCUUUACUGCCAAUCCUAAAUUUGGCCAUUCAACUAUAGAGAGCUUAAGGACCUGGGCAACACUCAAAAAGCCAUCCUUUUAUUACUAACUGGUUAACCAGUUGGCAAUAAUGAACUCAAAUCUGGUUAACAAUAAACAAUUGAUUCAAUAAUGUAUAUUUGUUACUAGAAAGAAACGCGAAUGAUUCCCUUUUGACUUCCUUUUAUAUGUGAAAAAUUGACAGUUGUCAAGCAUAAGGCAAAAUUGUUGAUCAAUUAACGCAAGGUGCAAUUAACCGAUUGUUUUUCAUCUUGUAAGACAAAUCUAAUUGUUCAUUCACUAAUUUUGACAUUCCAUUUGUCAAUUGAGUGAUCAAUUAACAAACAAAAGGUAGUCAGACAUACAAGUUUACCACUGAUCUAAA